CACUUCUCUCUCCCUCUCAGUCUACUACGCUUGUGCCUGAACGCGGGAAGUACGCCGUCGUCUUACGAGUGGGGUGAGCUUUGCUUUGACUCCAAGAGAGGAGAGGAGAAAAUAUUAAUCAGGAGGAGAAAAGGGAAAGGAAGGUGAAAAGCCCUCUGCUCCUGCGUCUUCCGCUUUUGUUCUUUCCGCGAAAAAGUUUGGAAACUUUCGGAACCGCCUCUUAACCGUCUGCCGGCCGGAAUUUGGGCGAACCUACCGUCGCUUUCGUCCCUGCGCGGUUUAAGUCUCCCUCGUCGGCUGAAACAUGUGUAUAUACAUGUAAAGGCCCUUCCUUCCUUCGUUGGACCCUCUUCGUCACGCAAUCGCUCUGUCAUUUUGGAGUGCCGGCUGGUCUUUCCGGCUGGUACGGCGGCGAACGUGGUCUCCAGUGAUCAACAAGCCGCCGGGAAUCCAUUUUUCCUUCUCUUUCUUCUUUCUGCUUCGCUUGCUGCUGGUUCUGGCCGUCCUGAGAAUUGGACAGUUGCGGUUCGCGGGAUCCGGUCGAUCACGUGGCCGGCACUGAUCCGGUGGAUGAAUGCAUCCGUUUUGCUGUGUCUCGUCCUGUCCUGACGGUCACCGCAAUUCCGUGACGGAUAUUCUCGAGAUGCCGGCGGACGCCGGCGGGGAACGGGGGACUAUGAGCAGGGAAGCGUCUCAGUCGCCUUCCAUCUCGUGUGCUGCUGCUGCUGCUGGAGAGAUCGGCAAUGGGCUGCGGAUGUCGUCCACGAGCGACCAUGGCCGGCUCCGGCUGGCUGAUUUCUCCAUUAGAGGUUCGGUCCAGGAGAAUUCCGAUCACCGCGAGCUGAAGCUCAAUAACAUUGUCGGAAAUGGCAUCUGUGGGAUCCUCCAGAAGUGGGUGAAUUACGGGAAAGGAUGGAGACCCCGAUGGUUCGUUCUUCAGGAUGGAGUUGUCUCGUAUUACAAGAUCCAUGGGCCGGACAAGAUCCAGGUGAAUCAGGAGACGGAGAAAGGGUCCAAGGUGAUCGGAGAGGAAUCGCAGCGUUGGAUGUGCAAACACAAGAAUCGAAACAAUCACCACCACCAUCAUCAUCAAAAUAAUCAUAGCCAGAAUGGGGAUUGGCAGUCACGGAGAAAGCCCAUUGGAGAAAUUCAUCUUAAGGUUUCCUCCAUCAGAGAGAGCAAAUCGGACGACAAAAGAUUCUCAAUAUUUACUGGAACAAAGAGGCUGCACUUGAGGGCUGAGACACGCGAAGACCGGGCUACAUGGGUUGAGGCUUUGCUGGCAGUAAAGGAAAUGUUUCCACGAGUAUCAAACAGUGAACUUAUGGCAUCUAUGGAUGGUAUUGCAGUUUCCACAGACAAGCUUAGGCAGAGGUUACAGGAAGAAAGAGUUAACGACACUGCCAUUAUGGAUUGUGAACAAAUUAUGAGGACUGAAUUUUCAACUUUGCAAAAUCAGCUGAUUUUUCUACAACAGAAAUCUUCCCUACUUCUUGAUACUCUGCGACAGCUAGAGACAGAAAAAGUUGAUUUGGAAAAUACACUUGUUGAUGAGAGUCAAAGACAGUUGAUGGAGCAUGAGUCUUCUCUCAUAUCUGCAAAUGACAAAUAUAGCGAGGGCAGUGUUACUGAAUCAGAUGAUGAUAACGAAAGGCAGGACGCAGCAGAGGAAGAAACAGAUGAAGAAGAUAGUGCAUUCUUUGACACGCGUGACUUUUUGUCGUCAAGUUCUUUUAAGAGUAAUGGGUCUGAUUUACGAAGGUCAUCGUUUGAUUCAGAUGAAGAUGAAAUUUGCCCAGUUGAUUGUGAUGACCAUGUUGAUGCCAGCAUGCAUUCUGUUGGAUUCAAUUACCCAUAUGUCAGGAGGCGAAAAAAACUUCCAGAUCCUAUUGAGAAGGAGAAGGGAGUUAGCCUUUGGUCAAUCAUCAAAGACAACAUUGGAAAAGAUCUUACGAAGGUCUGUCUUCCUGUGUAUUUCAAUGAGCCACUUUCUUCUCUGCAGAAAUGUUUUGAAGAUCUGGAGUAUUCUUAUCUUAUUGAUCGAGCUUAUGAAUGGGGUAAGAGGGGAAAUAAUUUGAUGAGAGUCCUGAAUGUGGCAGCAUUUGCAGUUUCAGGUUAUGCUUCUACAGAAGGAAGAAAUUGCAAACCAUUUAAUCCCCUUUUGGGAGAGACAUAUGAAGCUGACUAUCCUGACAAAGGACUUCGCUUCUUCUCUGAGAAGGUAAGUCAUCAUCCCAUGAUUGUUGCGUGCCAUUGUGAAGGUCAAGGUUGGAAAUUUUGGGGAGACAGUAACCUUAAGAGUAAAUUUUGGGGUCGCUCGAUUCAGCUUGACCCUGUUGGUGUAUUAACAUUAGAGUUUGAUGACGGUGAGAUUUUUCAGUGGAGCAAGGUCACGACAUCCAUUUAUAACCUGAUUUUGGGGAAGCUGUACUGUGACCAUUAUGGUACCAUGCGGAUACAGGGGAACCGGGAGUACUCAUGUAAGCUCAAAUUCAAGGAGCAGUCCAUCAUAGAUCGGAACCCUCACCAGGUCCAAGGCAUUGUUCAAGACAGGCAUGGGAAAACUGUAGCCACGCUCUUUGGGAAGUGGGAUGAAAGUAUGCACUAUGUGAAAGGAGAUUGCUCUGGGAAAGACAAAGAUGCUUUUUCUGAAGCACACCUAUUAUGGAGAAGGAACAAUUCAGCCAAGUUUACUACUAGAUACAACCUGACUCGUUUUGCCAUCACAACGAAUGAACUUACUCCUGGAUUAAAGGAAAAGUUGCCUCUGACUGAUUCAAGACUCAGGCCAGACCAGAGGUGUUUGGAGAAUGGCGAGUAUGAACUAGCUAAUGCAGAGAAACUUAGAUUAGAGCAACGACAGCGGCAGGCAAGGAAGAUGCAGGAAAGAGGUUGGAAGCCAAGGUGGUUCGCAAAAGACAAGGGCAGCGACACCUAUAGGUACGUGGGUGGUUACUGGGAAGCCAGGGAAAGCGGUCGGUGGGAGUCCUGUCCCGACAUAUUUGGUCAAGUGGUGGUUGAUCAGCAGCUGCUUGAUUGAUUGAUAUAACCGGGGUCUUCCCGCCCUUUGGUGUGUGGCUUUUGUUUUGAUCGCAAUAGGCGGGGGCAAGGGGGACCCUUUUCUGAUCUGCCCCAAGUGAGAGCUUCUACAUUGUGGAGUGCGGUGCAAGUUUUUUCCCUUCGAGGGAUGGGUGGGGCUCUCUCUGUCAUUUUUUUUUAUGAUGUUAGUGGCUUUAUCCUUGCACAGAAAAUAGUUGGUUAUGUUCACAUAGCAUGAAUAUAAGAAAUCCAUUCUUGUCAGGGGUGAAAGAAGUGCCCUACGACAAUGCUAGUCUUGUCUCUUUCUUGGCCCCAACACGUCUGAUGUGUCCCUCAAGUUUAUGUAGGUGACGUGUCUUGGUACAUGUGAUGUUUGCGAUGUUGCUUUUGGGCAUAUCAGGGUUUUACGAAGUACGACGCUAAGAAACCUCCUUUAUCAUGCAAGUUCUUGAUUGUUCUUUUUUA